AUGGCGAAGCGGCCAGCGGAGAUUCAGGCCGCUAACGUGAAACUCCUCGAAGAGCUGUGCCAGCCAGGAGACUUUCUUCCGGGAUGGCUUCGUGCCGCGUUGGUGCGCGAAACGUUCAAAGCCACCGCCACCUGCCCGAGCUGCAGGGAGAUCCAAGCCGAACGCGGUAACGUGAUCAAGAGGGACCUUUGGAACGUUGUUGGAUCCGCAAAGUGCAGCUUCCAUGAGCCAGAGGAAUGCUAUGGCUUGGGAGUUGUGGUGCGUGCGCUCUGCAAUCUGCAGAACUUGAUGAGUGAAGAGUGGUACCACCAAGCAGCCGAGCAUGUCUUCAAAUGUCUCUCGGCCAUCGACAAAAUCCCAGAUACUCCAGAAGACCGGUUCGCUCGCCUGGCAGAGCUCAUCGCGGUGGUCGGCUUGGCAGUUGGCAUCCGUGCCUUCUACCGCUCCUUGCCCGAAGGGCCGCUAGAGGAGCCUCCCAUUCCCACAGCCCUGGAGGGAGAGCCCAGGUUCAGCAGUGCGGCCGAAGUGUUCAAGCAUUUGGGUCCUCAAGAAGGGCAUGGUUGGGGAGUCGGCUUGGCAAUCGACGAUUUGAAGCCCGGCUUGAUGGUGAAUGGCGCCAAAUUUGUGGGGGAGGAGUUCUCCAAGAGAAAGUUCACGCCAGUCUCGCCCAUGAACAAGUGGGCCCCAGCCCUUUCCACAGGGAGCAGCUUCUUGCGGUGGUGCUCAGUUCUCUAUUCUCCGAUCCAACACGGCUAUGAGACCCACAACUUCAUGUUCAAGAAGGCACCUGGAAGAGCCCUCAACCGCGUUGGCUUGGAAGACGUUGCUGCUGGUUACACGACUGCAGUCGGGUGCAGCUUCUGA